GGGGAAGAGAUGAGGAUUGAUAUCUGUUAAAAUGGUUUCUCUCUCCUCUCCUCUCCUCUACUCCAGCUGUAAGAGGCCUUAGUUUGGAAACGGGAGCACCACAAGACUUGAGCUUGAUCAGUUGACAAUUCUCAAGUCUUCAGCAUAUAAUGGCAUGGAUUUGAGGCACUACCAGAAAAUAUCCAAAGGAUUUUCAAGCAAUGUCUGGGUGUCCUUUUUCAUUUUCUUCUCUCUCUCAUCCCACCAUAAAAAGGAAUGAACAUUUCAAGAUCAAGACUAGUUUUAUUCUCUGUGCCUUCGGUUCUCAGCUGAAAAGGCAUGCACCAUCCUCCCCAGGCCCACCUGGCCCCAAACAUGUGCCGCCCCUCACUAAAAAGCGCCAUUGGAAGGAAGGUGAGUUCCCUGGAAUAUCAGAGACUUCUCUCCCUCACUCACCAAGAUCGCCGAUAAAGAACUUGAAGAAGAAGAUGGACAAUAAGAAGGCUGCCAAAGCAUGGGUUAGCACUGUAACCGAAACCUUAGCAGAAAAGAUAGAAAAGAAGCAGUGGGAAGAUGCUCUUGAGGUGUUUGAGAUGCUCAGAGAGCAGCCGUUCUAUCUACCCAGAGAAGGCACAUACAUGAAACUUCUUGUUCUCCUUGGAAGAUCAGGGCAGCCCUAUCGUGCUCAUAAGCUCUUCGAUACCAUGGUGGAAGAAGGUUGUGAACCCAAUGCAGCACUGUACACGGCCUUGCUAGCAGCAUAUUGUCGGAAUAACCUCCUCGAAGAUGCAUUUGCAGUCCUCAACCAUAUGAAGACUCUUCCCCUCUGCCAGCCCGAUGUCUUCACCUACAGCACGCUCUUGAAGGCUUGUGUGGAAGCAUCCCGAUUUGAACUCGUCAACACCCUUUUCCAAGAAAUGGCUGACCGCCAGAUAACUCCAAACACAGUCACUCAAAACAUAGUCUUGGGUGGCUAUGGCAAGGCGGGGAAAUUCGACAAGAUGGAGAAAGUGUUGUCUGGGAUGCUGGAGAGUAGCAUGUGCAAACCCGACGUUUGGACGAUGAAUAUCAUUUUGGGGCUGUUUGGCAAUAAGGGUCAGAUUGAAGCAAUGGAGAAAUGGUACGAAAAGUUCCGCAGCAUUGGGAUUGAGCCAGAAACUCGCACGUUCAACAUCCUGAUCAGCGCAUAUGGGAAGAAACAUAUGUAUGACAAAAUGACGGCCGUGUUGGAAUACAUGCGCAAGCUGGCGUUUCCAUGGACGACCUCAACUUAUAAUAACGUGAUUGAGGCAUUUGCUGAUGUUGGGGACGCAAAGCACAUGGAGUAUGCGUUUGAUCAGAUGCGUGCUGAGGGGAUGAAAGCGGACACCAAGACCUUUUGCUGCGUCAUCAAUGGAUACAGCAAUGCACGUCUCUUCCAUAAAGUGGUCAGCAGCAUCCAACUGGCAGAGAGGUUGGAGAUACCCGCAAAUACCUCAUUCUAUAAUGCGGUGAUCUCUGCAUGUGCAAAGGCGGAGGAUUUGAUGGAGAUGGAGAGGGUCUUCACGCGUAUGAAGGAUAGGCAUUUCCAGCCGGAUUUGACGACUUUUUCAAUCAUGAUCGAGGCGUAUGCUAAGGAAGGCAUGACCGACAAAAUCUAUGAUUUGGAGCAGGAGAAACAGAAGAUGGGUGGUAAUGGUUGAGUUUUGGGUUGAUGUUUGAUUGACAACAUGGAGGACUAUUUUAGGAUGAUGGAUGACUCUGUGAGAAAAUUUCCAAUUUUCUACACUCAUCACAGGAGUAGGAAUUUCCAAAAAGCGGGUAAUUUGGCUACUGGUUCAAACAUCGAAUUCAUUGCCAAUUACUGCCUGUCUUUUAGAUAUGCUGGGUUUGAACUGAAGAUUUCAAUGUUGAAAUGCACCCGGUCUACCUGUUGAACUACGG